AUGACUUCAUCACAAGGCGAUUUUGAAACGUUCCCUCUGGGUGACUGGAAGCUCCAGAGCGGGCAGAUCAUCCCAAAUGCUCAUAUUGCGUUCAAGACGUUUGGCGAACCGGGCUUUCCCACAAUUGUCUAUCCAACUUGGUAUUCCGGACUUAUUGCCGAUAAUCUGUGGCUGGUUGGUGAUGAUAGGGAACUCAGCCCAAAGAAAUACUUCAUCAUCAUCCCAGCCUUGUUUGGGAACGGCCAAUCGUCAUCACCUUCCAACACCCCUGGGGUUAGAGAGUUCCCUCGCAUCACAUUCUAUGACAACGUGAGGGCGCAGCAUGAGCUCGUCACCAAGCAUUUUAACAUCAGCCAUCUACGCGCCGUCAUAGGGUGGUCUAUGGGGGCGGCGCAGUCAUUCCAGUGGGCGACGCAGUAUCCAGACUUUAUGGACAUCAUUGUUCCGUUCUGCGGCUCAGCAAAAACAUCUGUACACAACCAAGUCUUCCUUGAAGGCGUCAAGAGCGCCUUAUUGUCCGCCAAGGGGAUUUGUUCGGCUGGGGUGGGGGAGGUUGGGUCCACGAGAGAUGACAGCGUGUACAGGACAUGGACUCGGGACGAGAAAGAAACGGGUCUGAAAGCGUUUGGCCGAGUGUAUGCUGGCUGGGGAUUUAGCCAAACUUUUUACCGACAGAAGCUCUAUGAAACAGUUCUCGGAUUCAAAGAUCUCGAAGACUUUAUGGUGAAUUUCUGGGAAUCGUUCUUCCUAGCCAAAGUAGACCCGGAGAACCUGCUUGUCAUGCUGCAGACGUGGCAAAACGGCGACAUCUCUAAGCAGGAACCGUACAACGGCGACUUCAAGGCUGCACUGCAGGGCAUCAAGGCCAGGACUUUGAUUUUGCCUAGUAAAACCGACCUGUAUUUCCCACCUGAAGAUUCGGAGUACGAGUUUGCAAAUCUGCAGCCGGGAAUUGGCGAACUUGAUGCCUUCCCAACUGUCUGGGGCCACUGGGCCGGAGCACCCACUGGGAGCAAGGAGGAUGGGGCGUGGCUGAACGACAAACUGGCGAAGUGUUUCAACGAGGCUCCAGCCAGCAAGCAUUCCACCACUGAGCUAUAA